AUGCGAUGCGCGAGCAAGGCCGCCGAGAGCGCGUCUGCACGUCUCUGUGCGGACGCCGAAGCAGAAACAACAGCAACUGAUGUCCCAUCGGUUGCUGAAGCGACCCAGCCUGUGUCACUUGGUGACGCAGGCGCUGGUCAUGAAGACACUCGUGUCUUCACAGAGUACGAGCUCGGUGUCUCGUACUCUCCUGAUACGGAUGACGGAUCCGUAUCGACGGCGAUUGAAUCUAAGCCGCCUGCCAAGCGUGGCAUGGACGAUGCUUUGCGUCGCAGCAUCUUUGGUUCAUCUGAUGAAUCAGAUGAACCAUCGCCGAAGCGAAGGCGCUCGAGGUCGCGAGACUCGGGCGCUAAUAGUGGUGUCGGUUCUCCAAUGGACACCACUUCACAGCGAGGUGCCAGUACUUCUGUCGGCACGUCGCAGGAAGAGCGGGACCGCAAUGUGUUGCGUCUCGCUCCAGAAAAGAAGGCAUGGAUGCCUCCAAAAUCCGUCAUGGAUCACUUGUCGGCGACGACGAGUGAUCGUUAUCGAACACGAUUGUUCGAUUCGUCAGAGAUCCAUCACCUUGACCCCAGCGCGAAAGACUAUCGCGCUGAACACGAAUUCUUCAUCGAUGCUUUCUUCAAACAUCGAUGGUACAGUGGGAAUCACAAACGUGAUGGUCCCUCACUACUUCAGGCGUGGAACGCCUACAUCCAUAACCUCGAGGAUGUAGGUCGUGACGCUUGGAACGACAAACUUAUCAAAGCUCGUGAUAAGUUUGAAAAGCGAACCCCGACAGGUGCACGCUACAAGCUGCAUCGUCUGUCAAGGGAGAGAAGGAUUACCCUGCCUCUCUUGGGGAGACUCGUGCCCAUGUUGUGUGAACAACUCUGCACGAGCACCUAA